UUUCUUCAGAUAGCUCCCAACUGCCUCUUCGCUGUCUCUUCCCUUGCUCUCCCGGUGCAUUUUUGAGCAGAGUAAUCCCCAAGAGAGACCUUUCUUGAUCCAUGCCGCCAAACCGCACGACUCCACGUCCAAAGCCUGCUCGCCGUUCGAGCAGGAACGAUGACGACAGCCAGGACCAUGGCCGACCUGCCGCAUCAGUCCUCUCCAAUCUGAAUGAGCAUGUUGCAUCUCUCCAACGUGCCGAGCCCGGCGACCAGAGCUGGAGCCCCUUCAACUCGGUCGGCGGAAGCCCCGUGAUUGUCCAUUGCGGCCUCAAGGACAUUGUUGCCCUGGAUGACCAAUCAUUCCAUGGCUCAAGCUCGGACCUCGAGCUGUGGGAAACUCAAGACGACUCCGAUGUGGAGCACGAAGUCCUGAACCAGUUUCUGGAGUCCAUCCAAGCCGUCCCCACCGGCACGGAUAGUCUCAAGUCAACCUCCUCGAGCGACAGCAAAGGCUUGAGUUGCGAGUCGUCGCGUAUCUCUUCUCUUUCGUCCUUUGCCGAUAGCAAGUCCGAGCCCGGGACAAUCGCGAGCCAGCCCUCCCUCAUCGACCCUGUCCCUUCGCCAAAUGCAAGACUUGCUCCCAACCAACCCGGCAUCAUCGCCAGCGAAGCUACUGAUGCUGGUGACCGCCCAGCCACCAAAGACUGUCCGCGCAUAAGCCUUGGCACGUCAGAGUCCGUCGAGUCUGUCGAUCCUUGUGAAGUGCCGGAGGAGUUCCUCGUGCCCGACUGCGACGUCGAUCCAGACUUUUCGCUUGUGGGUCAGUCUAGCUUUGCCAAAGGCUCCUCUGCGGUCGAUAUGUCCUCCUCUAUGGGUAGCGAUACGCUGUUCAUGCCUCUCCCGUACAUCGAAACCACCGCUGACGAGCCCAACGACGCUGUCAAGCAACCCGAGCCGAUCGAUUCCCACGGAUCAUCCAAGGAGCCGGGAUCCCAAGGGUCGGUGUCUAGGCUGUUCUCGCUUGACUUUUUGUGCCACAGCAAGGCCCGAGCUGGUUCGACAUCUCUCCCAGACCGCAGCUGGCUCGAGUUCCACCUGUCUGACCGCAAGGCCGCUCGAGCCGGCACAGCAGGCACCGAACGCACCUCGAACUGGCCCGCCCUCAUGGUCAGUGUCGUGCUGUUCCUGUUCGCUGGCGCCCUCUACUCCGGCACUACCGGCUGGACGCCAGCCACAACAGCGUCUGACGGCCAUGCUCAGAGCGACUGGCUUGACUUGGUCCAAGUGCCGUCGUGGAGCCAGCUCUUGGUUUGGACGGAGAAGGAAGCGCCGCCAUGUCACUGGUGCUAUGACGUGGUCCAUGCCUCCUGUUGCCCAGUAGACGGACUCGAGUUCUGCGAACGAGAAGGCCAGACAGAGUGCCCCAAUCUGGGCUAUAUCCGGCCGCCCCCGUCCACCCAAAUCCUGGACCAGUCGUUCUGGGAGACGCUGAUGGAACUGUUGCACACCUUCCGGCGCAACUCCCUUUCCGAGGCGGGCAAGCUCCUCGGCUCGAUCCCUGAGCUGUUCAAUACGAUCUGGAAGGUCGACUAUCUGCCGUCGGCUCGAGGAAUCGUCGACUUGGACUGGCUCAAGCAGUUCAUGGCCUUUGUGAGCGAAUACAUCAAGACGGAAUGGAGAAACGAGUACGACCGAGAAAAGAUGCGAUUCAGGCGCGCAUGGAGCUUCAUGUCCAGACAAGGCGAGAGCGCCAGACAGAUUUAUGAUGGAAUUUAUGACCGCAUUUACGACGGCAUUUCCAACACCCACAUCGACAUGAACGUGCUGAACCUCCAGGAGGUAUUCGAGAAACUCAAGAGCGCCACCGGCUUCAAACAGGACGUGUAAGGUCCCGAUAUGGCUGAAGCCAACAUCGGCCAGCCAGCGACCACUGCUGUCGGUACGUAUUGUAGCUUAGUUGGACUCGGAGGGGAGCGCUCCGGCUGAAUGGG